AGUGCGCAUAUGGAGUACGGAGUACGGUUUAGUCCUCACUGCUCAGUUGUAGCAUGGAAAUGUGAGGACUCAUUAGCACAACUACUCCAGAAAGGUCUAGAGAGCUCAAGCUUCCCUGGACUGUCGCCCCAUAUGGUCGGUGACUUUACUAGAUCACCAUUCCAAAGACGAUCUUGUGUCAGUCUCGUGUAUCAAAAGACUUCCUUGCUUUGACGAUACCCUUUAUUUACGCCAGAAUUCCAUGGACAUGGGGCAUAGUAUCCAUGUUGAGCAUUCUGCAAUUGUUGCGUAUCAUUCUGCAGAAUCUGAACCGGCCUUGCAUAUUCAAAUCCUUCGUUCCCUGGGUAGCCCUUAUGACAGGGCAUGGAAGAUCCUGUGACAGGAGAUGGACUGGAAACAGAACAAUGGAAUUGCACAGAUGUCAUUCAACGAGCUCAGGCUAUGGUCAACGAUGCCAAAUUUCCUGAUGCAGAGAGAUGGAAUGAGUCUUUGCAAGGCGGUUGUCCCUAUUCAUCCGUCACCAUUUUCUUCUUUCAGCUUCAUCACCUCAAGUCCCUUCGUCUGGAUUACUCGUUUGUCUGGAUUUCAAGGGGCCCGAAUUUGACACUGAGACAUGCCCUUUUUUUUUUGCUCCUUCAACUAUCUAAGCAUGGUAGAUUAUGGCGGCAAUGUCCGGUGGUCAGAGUUUAUCGAGUAGAUUGGGGACAUUUCUAUGUCGACGGCGGUCUUUGUCCACCUGGCUUCGCAGCACAGAAGACCUACUCGGGCAGAGCGAACAACAACAUAACCUCCACCAGCUACACACGCUUCUUCUUCUUCCUCGAACGACUACCGACGAAACAGAGAUCCCGUCUCUUCUCUCUAGAGCCACCUCAUUGAGAACUCUCCACCUGGGCAUGGCUUAUCGAUGGCAAUAAAGAGGCAGCUCUGGAAAACGGUCAUUGAUACUAGUAGGAGUAGUCUCA